AUGACCUUCUUUCGUUCUCAGAAUUUAUGGAAAAUCAUAAAAGAGGGUGUAAGCAAGGAAGGUAAAGAAGCAAAGAAGUUGGAGAAUGAGAAAGAUGAUGCAAAAGCUUUGUUCUUGCUUCAACAAGCUGUUGAUGAAACAAUCUUAUACAGGAUUGUGAGGUUUGACACAGCUAAAGAAGCAUGGGAGCAUAUUAAAAAUGAGAAUCGAGGUAUAUCAAAGAUGUUUUUUGUUAGACAACAAACUUUGAGACAGAAAUUUGAUUUGUUGCAAAUGAAAGAAGAAGAAACAAUUCAGGGUUAUAUUACUCGAGUGCUUGCUAUUGUCAAUCAAAUCAGAGGUAUGGGGACUGAUUUAGCUAAUAAAGAGGUAGUCUCAAAGGUGAUGAGAAGUUUAUCUUCAAGGUUUAACCAAUUUAAUGAGAAGCAUGAAGAUAAAGUCAUUGUUGUGAGAGAAGAAUCAAGUGGUGGCAGGAAAUUUAUGAGAGGAAGAGGUAACAACCCGAGAGAUGUUGGUUAUGGUGCUGUUGAUCAUAGACAAUUUCCUCAAAGGCAGCAAUACAAUGGUGAUGGUAGUUCAUGGCAUCAAGGAAGAGGAAGUCUAAGACAGUUUGAAAGAUAUGGGUAUAUGAAGUCCCAUUGUUGGUCUAAAGAUAGUAAAGAUGGUUCAUAUAGAAGUUCAAGUCAUAUGAUUGGGAGGAAGAAGUUGUUUCAGCACUUGGGUGAUUUAGUUGUUCACAAAGUGAGAUUAGGAGACAAUAAAGAAUUGGAGGUUCUUGGCAAAGGAUCUGUGGCAGUUCAAGUUCAAGGUGGAGUCUCUUAG